CAUCUGUGUCUUAUAUGCAGUUGAGGACAUACAUUAUCCAAAAUGGAUACCAGCUUGACGAGUGCUGAGAUCAGGAAGAUCUUCAUUGACUUCUUUAAGGAGCAGGAGCACACCUAUGUCCACUCCUCAUCUACCAUCCCCCCUGAUGACCCCACACUACUCUUUGCAAAUGCUGGAAUGAAUCAGUUCAAGCCCAUCUUCCUGGGUAGUGUGGAUCCUAACAGUGACAUGGCCAAGUUGGUCCGUGCGGCCAACUCACAGAAAUGUAUCCGUGCCGGAGGGAAACACAACGAUCUAGACGAUGUGGGAAAAGAUGUCUACCAUCACACCUUCUUCGAGAUGUUGGGCAACUGGUCUUUUGGGGAUUACUACAAGAAAGAGGUGUGUGCCUGGGCAUGGGAACUGUUGACGGAGAGACUGAAGCUUGAGAAGGACAGACUAUAUGUGUCCUACUUCGGAGGGUACGAGGCUGGGGGACUAGAACCGGACAACGAGGCCAGGGACAUCUGGAUCAACCUGGGCGUUUCCCCGGAUCGUGUGCUGCCCUUCGACAUGAGUGACAACUUCUGGGAGAUGGGGGAGACCGGGCCGUGUGGGCCAUGCUCCGAGAUCCAUUACGACAGAAUUGGCAACCGUGAUGCUAAGCAUCUUGUCAAUAUGGAUGAUCCUGAUGUGUUGGAGAUAUGGAAUCUUGUGUUUAUCCAGUACAACAGGGAGUCUAAGACAGAGUUACGUCCCCUGCCCCGGAAGCACAUUGACUGCGGGAUGGGUCUGGAGAGAUUGGUGUCGGUGAUCCAGAGGAAGAGCUCCAAUUAUGACACUGAUGUGUUCAUGCCAUUGUUUGAUGCCAUUCAGAAGGCCACAGGUUCUCGGCCGUACUCAGGGAAGGUGGGCAAGGAGGACGUCGAUGGUGUUGACAUGGCUUACAGGGUGAUGGCAGACCAUGCUCGUACCCUCACAGUGGCCCUGUCUGACGGCGGACGCCCUGACAACACAGGAAGAGGGUAUGUUUUGAGACGUGUACUGAGAAGAGCUGUACGUUACGGCACAGAAAAGCUGAACGGAAAGCCAGGGAUGUUUGCUUCGCUGGUGGACACAGUUGUCCAACUACUGGGUGGUGCAUUCCCGGAGGUCACCAAGGACCCUGAAACUGUGAAGGAGAUCAUUAACGAGGAGGAGGCCCAGUUUCUGAAGACGUUGUCUCGUGGACACAGGCUCAUGGAGAGGACAAUCGGGAAGCUGGGGGACACAAAUGUCUUACCAGGUGACGUUGCGUGGCGACUGUAUGACACGUAUGGCUUCCCGGUGGAUCUCACCUGUCUCAUGGCGGAGGAAAAGGGGCUGUCUAUUGACAUGAAGGCCUUCGAUGAGGCCAAACAGCAUUCUCUGGUCAUGUCUCAAGGCACUGGUAGUGCAGUGGCUGAACAGAUCAAUUUGGACGUCCACGCACUAACCGACUUACAGAACAGGGGGGUGUCCCCAACUGACGACUCCCCCAAGUAUGCCUACACCGCUGAUGUUGGCGGCACCUACAAGUUCGAGCCAGCUACUGCCAAGGUGAUAGGUCUCCGGUACAACAAGGGGUUCGUGCAGGAAGUGACGACAGGGCAGGAAUGUGGUGUCCUCCUGGACAAAACUAGCUUCUAUGCUGAGCAAGGUGGACAGAUUUACGAUGAAGGAUUCAUCGUGAAGGCAGAUGAUGAGGAUGUGGAGUUCCGCGUGAAGAACGUGCAGGUGCGGGGCGGCUACGUGUUGCACAUAGGAACCAUUGAAGGAGCACUCAGAGUUGGGGAUGCUGUCAAACUUUCCAUAGAUGAAGAUCGGCGGUGUGCAGUCAUGAAGAACCAUACGGGUACCCACAUGCUGAACUUCGGUCUGCGCACUGUCCUGAAGGAAGCAGACCAGCGUGGCUCCCUUGUAGCUCCAGACAGGCUCCGCUUUGAUUUCACUGCCAAGGGUGCCAUGGCAGUGGGAGAGGUGAAGAGUGUGGAGGAAGAGGUUAACAAGAUGGCUGCCAAGAAUGAAGAGGUCUAUGCAAAAGAGGCAAGUCUGGCUGACGCAAAGUCCAUCCAGGGUCUCCACGCUGUGUUUGAUGAGGUGUACCCGGACCCCGUCAGGAUCCUGUCUGUGGGGAUCCCUGUGGAGGACCUUAUUGCUGACCCCAUGGGACCUGGUGCCUCCGUCACAUCAGUCGAGUUCUGUGGUGGAACGCAUCUACGGAGAGCCGGUCAUGUUGGUCAGUUUGUCAUACAGACGGAGGAGGCCAUCGCUAAGGGAAUCAGGAGGAUCAUUGCUCUCACAGGAACAGAGGCCGCCAAGGCAAUACACAGGUGUGGGGUUCUGGAGAAGUCACUUGCCGAGCUGAAGGACAAGGUGGAACGCAACCCCACUACACAGGAGGUGACCAACAGAGAACUCAGCUCCCUCAUCGUACAGCUGGAUAAUGAAGUGGCACAGUCCGGUAUCUCCUACUGGAAGCGGGACAGUCUGAGGUCGGAGUUGAAGGGACUCAAGAAGCAGAUGGACGACCUUGACAAGGCCAGGAAAGCUGCUGUGAUGACCGAGGUUGUGGAACAAGCGAAGAAGAUGAUUGAAACCAACCCAAACAUCAAAUAUAUCGUCCAUGAAUUCAAGGCAGGAUCUAAUGCUAAGGCCCUUGAUGCUGCCAUGAAACAGUACAAAGCUUCAAGUCCAGAGACUGCCGCCAUGUUUUUCUCCACGGAUGAGGAGUCUGGCAAGAUCCUGUGUAUGUCGUGUGUUCCCAAGGAUGUUGCAUCAAAUGGCCUGACCGCUAAGGCGUGGGUUGACCACGUAGUCCCCACUAUCAAGGGGAAAGGUGGUGGCAAAGACGUGUCCGCACAAGCCACUGGAUCGAACGUCGAUGGACUUCAGGAAGCCUUGAAACUGGCAACAGAAUUCGCGCAGGUGAAACUCUCUUGAAGAGGAAGGACCAUGAUGCAGUCUGCUCAAGUGCUUUUUUAUCUGCACACUACGCAAAUGUUUAACUGAACACCUCAUUCAUCGUGCUUACAGAACACUGACACCCUUCAACUGCGGUUAAAACACUGAAGUUUUCUUUUCACUCUGUUAUUAAAGAUAUUUUACUAAGUGAUGUUUCCUAUACAACAAAUGUAGAUUUUUAUAGCAAACUGAAACCAACUGGACUUUCUGUGCUCUGUGAGGAAAAGAAUGUGUUCAUGUGUACUCACCGACUUCUGAUAUUCAGGAAGUGUGUGAAGUGAUUCUUGCCCAACACUGAUGUCCAGAUCUGACCUCUGAUCCUGGUUUACAGUGACAUCUUGUGGCUGAAGGUGUCACUGGUUAUUUACCAAGUAAAUUUGUAUCUAAACCUGUUAUGAUCUCUGUUUUCAGGACUUUUAGAAUAUUUCCUUGCAUACUACAUGCAAUAAGAACACUUGUGUAUUGAUUGUCUCUAGCUAGAAGACAUUUUCUUUGGUUGUAGAAUUUAGCAGUUAGCAAUAUUCAACACUGCAUUAUUGUGUAAGCCUUUCUUUGAUUUAUUUAUCAUCUGAUAUGAUGAGGAACAAUGGUGAUACUAACAAUGAAUAUAUACAGGUAGCUGCUGUAGACUAGCUUGUAGGUUUUAGCGUUUUGUCUGUUACCAGCGUCCGUGUGAACAGGUUAAGUGAUGUACACACAUCUCAGUUUCUGAUGUUGACUGAUACAUAUAGAUGAUGGGCAUAGAGAUGAUCUAAGGUGACACAAAUACCCUUGUAGAGUUGUCUCCCUUUGAUGUGCAAGGCUCUACUGAUCAUGGGUUUAAAUCCCAGAUCUCUGGUUUGUCAACACUGUAUCUUAAAAAACUGACAGUGGUGUUACAUUUAACUCCAGGGUCACACUUAUGUGCAUGUCAAUGCUUGUUAGUAAACAGUUAAGUAACCAUGGCAACAUUACUUGAUUUGUUAGUUGCAUGAUGAUGUAAACCUUAGAUCUUUCAUGUGGCAGGAGAUGUGUCAAUAUUUUGUUGUACGCAAGACAUGCUGUCUGGGGACAACUGAUGACAAUAAGGAAACUGUCAAUCACUUGUUAAAACGUACAAGUAUGCCUGCAUGAGUGCUGUGUCUUUGGGACUCGGCCUUGACACCUUGCUCCUCUACUGUUGUGUACUACUCAACAUUUCCUACAAACCAUCAGGGUCAUCUUUAAAGUUGUGGUCCUUAGCAAACAUUAGGUCCUAUAGGUAUCCGUUUAAAAUACCUUGUAAAUGCAAUCUUGAUGUUUUCUCGAAUCAGCUAAUGGCAUUUCUUGACUUCAAUAACCAAUCGUUGUGUACUGUUUUCUGAUGUCACGGGUUUAGAUUGAUUUCCUUACUUGUGGAUCAAGUGUACCCCACCUGGACCACUGGGUCAGAGGGCAUACUCGACUCACAUAGAGAGCCAUCUGUUGGGUCAGUGAUGACUAGAAAAUUUCAGUUAUCUCCCCUUUCAGCUUUUGGUGUUUGAAUCAUUCCGUUCUCCACAUGAUUUCUUUCCUCCCACUUCGUCACAAACCGAUUUACAAUAUGGAUGUCUGUCAUGAAUGUUUGCAUGAUUUGGAGAUUUUCGAGAAGCAAGAUGUAUCUGACAUUUCCCCCAAAUCCACCUGUACAGGAUAUAAGCUGAAAUAUGAAUGUUUUGUUAUGAAAAGUAACUCCCUGACUUGUGUUUGUAUUUCUUUGAGCACAGGGUGAGAGAUUCGCAUUCAAAGUCCUGUCUGACUGCAAGACAGCUCAGAGUGUCAGAUUUUGCUCAUAAAUAUCAAAAUGUGGUUUUCUGUCAAAGAUUGUUACUGAUUUCAGCUCGGUCACAGUAGAUAUAUCAUAAAGCUGUUUAACCAUGUUAAUAGCUCCUCAAAUAUUUUCAUUCAUUUUUGAAGUUAACAAUUCUUUCAAAAGCUUUGAUCUAUUUGCCUUUUUUAUUUGUAGAGACUUCACAUAUACUGAACAUUAGAAACACACCACACUAAAAUGCAAUGACAAUGCUCAGAUAUCAUGGGUACAUUGCAGUCUGACGGAGGUAUUUCGUAUUAUGUGGGUGGUGCGUUUCUAAUGUUGUUCAGUAUAUAUUUUUCUGUUUUCGAUGAGUACGUCGGAAAUUCUUGAAAUCUGGAGAUUAAUAAUGCGGGUUUAAACCAAUGCUUAUUUAUGAAACAGAUUUGAAAAGGUGAGUGUCAGAGCUGUAGUAUUCUGAACUGGUCCCAGUAGUGGACAAUCCCACACCCACCUUGAUCAUCACUUGGUGUUAAGGUUUGCUCCAUGCCAGUAAGUGUGUUCACAGUUCGCCACUUAUGAAGCUUUUGGUCCAUGAAUAUUGACUAGUUUUGAGGAGCAAAGAUGUUGAAUGAGAACGACUCCAGUGUGUGAUGAGACUUGUUAUCUCUGUUGCUUCAUCUUGUUUCGCUGAUUUAAUCAGGCUGAAUGUCAGGUCAUUUUCAGUAUUGACAUUAAACAAUAUCAUCAA